AUGAGGAGUAAUAACCCUAUUUUUGGUGGUCUCGUUGAGACCCAUGUCAGUAGUGUGAAGGCUCCUUCUAUCAUUGGUAGGACCUUCUCAGGUUGGCGUCUAUCACUUGCAAAGUCAGACUUCCCUUCGUUUUGGGUCAUUUGGAACCCUUCUGUGACUGUCUCGAUUAUCCAUAAGUCGUUGCAGUCUAUCACUUGCAAAGUCAGACUUCCCUUCGUUUCGACAGAGUUUGUGGUGACGUUUGUGUAUGGCUCUAAUUGUCGGAAAAUGAGGCGUGAGCUGUGGUCUGAACUGGUAUUUCUUUCUUCAUCUUCGAGUUCUUCGGGGAUGCCAUGGCUGAUUCUCGGUGAUUUUAAUCAAGUCAGAUUUGCUUCUGAGCAUUCUAGAUCUAGUGGAUUUUCUUCUUCCAGAGGUAUGCGUGAAUUCAAUCAAUGUCUGGCCACUACUUCUCUCUCGGACCUUCAAUUCUGUGGCAACGCCUUUACAUGGACGAAUAAUCAAGGCUCCUCUAUCAUCUCAAAGAAAUUGGAUAGGAUUCUUGUCAAUGAUGAAUGGCUUAAUGCCUUUCCAAAUUCUCUGGGAGUAUUUGGGGAUUCAGGGAUAUCUGAUCAUACCCCCUGUUGUGUCUUCUUGGACUAUCUGAAGCCUAAGCCAAAGAAACCCUUCAAGUUUUUAAGUUUGUUGAAUGAUAAUCCGGAAUUUGUAAUCUUGCUAAAGGAGUGCUGGGAUUCUCUGCAGUUCUGUGGUUCUGCUAUGUUUAAAAUCUCAAAAAAGCUAAAGGAACUCAAGAGCAUCAUCCGUACGUUUAGUCGAGACAACUACUCAGGCAUAGAGAAACGGGUUCAGGAAGCUUUGGGUGACCUUAUCCAACUUCAGAACACUCUGUUCAAUUACCAAUCUCCUCAAGCUGCAGCAGACGAAAGGAAAGCUCACGCCAAAUGGGCGGUUCUUGCUAAAGCUGAGGAGUCCUUCCUCUAUCAACGGUCAAGAGUUAAUUGGAUAGACAAAGGUGAUAUGGGCUCUGCGUUCUUCCAUCGUUCAAUCCGUUCUAGGCUUUCCCAGAAUCAAAUAAUUCUUCUCUUCGACGAGAACGAUGGUAUCUUGGAGACAAGAGAGGAAAUUAUGCAACACGCGGUAGAUUUCUUUGAGCAACUUCUCGGUGGGACCAGCUUCCAAACUACUGUCUCUACUAAUGAGAUUGCCUCUCUAAUAAGUUAUCAGUGCCCACCAGCUAGUUUUGACAGUCUUGCAGCUCCUUUUUCCCGUGAAGAGAUUAAACAGACCUUCUUCUCCCUCCCGAGAAAUAAGUCACCGGGUCCCGAUGGAUACCCGGCUGAGUUCUUUACGGCAAACUGGAAUAUUGUUGGCACUGAUCUGAUUAACGCAGUAACAGAGUUCUUCACUUCGGGUAAGCUACUUCAGCAAUGGAAUGCAACUAUCCUCACGCUUAUCCCAAAGAAGCAAAGCGCAGUAAAGAUCACUGAUUUUCGACCCAUAUCUUGUUGCAACACUGUGUAUAAGGUAAUCGCAAAGCUUCUUGCCUGCAGUAAUCGCAAAGCUUCUUGCCAACUGAAGCAGAUCCUACCUGAUGUCAUCUCCAAUACGCAAUCUGCGUUCAUUCCGGGCAGAUUUUCUGUGGCUGUUAAUGGGGAGUUAGGAGGUUAUUUCAAAGGAACGAAAGGCUUGAGACAGGGUGAUCCCCUAUCUCCCUACUUAUUUCUACUAGCAAUGGAGGUUCUUGCUCAGAUGUUGAAUUCGAGCUAUAGGACAGGUCUGAUCGGCUACCAUCCGGCUGCCUCCAAUCCGCCAGUCACUCACCCGGCCUUUGCAGAUGAUGUAAUGAUCUUUUUUGAUGGGCAGGUGUCGUCGCUCAAUAACAUCUCUCUUACGCUGGAUAGAUUUUCUGAAUGGUCGGGUCUCUCAAUGAACUUGAGUAAAACAGAGCUCUAUGUUGCGGGUCUGAGUCAGACAGAAACUUGUGACCUUACUGGUUUGGGUUUUUCUCUUGGCUCGCUGCCUGUGAGAUACCUAGGUCUUCCUCUGAUGCACCGCAAGCUCAGAAUCUGUGAUUAUAGGCCUUUAAUUGACCAACUGAAGGCGCGGUUCUCCUCCUGGACAUCUAGAGCCUUAUCAUACGCAGGAAGAAGAGAAUUAUCAUCCUCAGUCAUUCAUGGAACAAUUAACUUCUGGUUCUCCACCUUCCUCCUUCCUAAAGGUUGUGUUAAAACAAUUGAAUCGCUGUGCAGCAGAUUUCUUUGGAAUGGAAACAUAACCGAAAGGGCAGCAGCUAAAGUAUCUUGGACAUCAGUUUGUCUUCCCAAGUCUGAAGGAGGACUUGGUCUUCGUGAACUGAGUAUGUGGAACAAGACUCUAUAUCUAAAACUGAUCUGGCUACUUUUUGCUGAUUCUGAAUCACUGUGGGCUCUUUGGACGAAAGUGCAUCGUUUAAAUGGUCAGAAAUUUUGGAGCAUUGAUGAGGAAAAACAGUCAUCAUGGAUAUGGAAAUCAAUCCUUAAACUUAGGCCUCUUGCUGAACAGUUUCUAAGAUGUGUCCUUGGCAAUGGGAUGAAGGUUGGUGAUGACACCAGCGAGGCUUACUCUACACGUCUAACUUGGGAUUCGCUUAGACACCAUGGAACUACUCAAGGAUGGGAACAUAAAAUCUGGUACAGCGGUCAUAUUCCAAGUCAUGCUUUCCUGAUGUGGGUCGCUCAAUUGGACCGGCUUCCGACAAGAUCCCGCAUUGCUUCAUGGGGUUAG